CAAAGGACAACAUCUGAAAGGAGAAGUAACAAUAGUGACAUUUAUUAACAACACUCAGAUCAAGUUUGCUCACAAGUUAGGACAACACGCCAGCAGAGAUGUUGAUAUGACAAGAGAAGAAAGAGUAACAACAGGCUUCACUGCAGAAGACUCUAAAUUGUUGAUGCUGAAAUCAGCACAAUAAGGGAUUUUGUUGCAUUAGUUGUUGUUUAGCAGUUUAAUAUUGUGUAAUAUUUUGCAGUAAUCUAUGUGUCUCUGGAUUUUAAUGUGUGAAUCUUGCUCAUUUGGACAUGAAAAUUUUUUUAGAGAAUCAAAUGGAUAAGUCAAUCUGUAAACCAUCCAAUGGAAAACCUACCAUUCCACAGAAACCCAACCUUCCACCAAAACCAAAUCUUAAUGCUUUACACCAGUCAAGCCUCUUUGGUUCCUCUAGCAGAAUGGCUCAGGCUUUGCGUAACUUUGAACCAGGAACAGGCAAGCAACCAGCAAUAAACUACAACAGUAAAGAAAGUAGAUACUCUAAAGAUAUGAGCCAAAAUGGAAGGUCUUUGGUGGUUGAAGCAAGAUGUUCAACCAGGAUAGAGGACCGAGUACAGCAUAUAUCUUCAUUUUCAACACUUAAUAAAAGUGGACAUAUAUGGGUUGAAAAACAGAUGCCGGAAAUAAAUCAUCAGCUGGCAGUAGAUGAUGUGGAUGUGGGUCGAUCAGCUCCUGAUGGCAGUGAAAUGAAUAACUCUGUGAGUGGCACCAUAGAAAGUCAUCAGGGCUCAAUUGCACCACCUACCAUCUCAGAGGAGAAACACUGUCAUUGCAUCUGCCACCUUCAAAGGCCUGGCAUGAAACUGGUCUGGGUACCUUUACAGGAGAAGAAAAAUGACAUGGAUACUGUAAUUCAUAAACAUCAAAACAGAGGAAGUCAGAGAAAUAGGUUUCCAAAUAAGGAGGAUGUUUUAACCAGCAAUGAAGUCAGUAGGCCACAGAAUAGCCCAUCUCACCAUUCAAAACACCAAGAAUUGCCUCCGUGUGUAAAUUGCCAAAGCUUUCUACUUCACCACAGCCCUCACAAAUUAGCAGGAAAACGGUUUGCAUAUGCUGAUGAGUCAUUUCAAAACCACUCAAAACCCCCUGUACCACCAAGGACUUAUCAGUCCUCUGAGUAUCAAAACAGCCAACAAUAUACACAGCUUGAUCACAUCGAUGCUCAUAUAUACUUGGAUCUUUUGCCAUCAAAUGACAAUAAAGUUACUGCUCCAGCUGUCCCCCCUCGUCCUCCCCCACGACUUCCUAGGCACCCUCCGCAAAAGCAAAAGACAGAUAGGCGGUCUUCUCAGCCUGCGCUGGCCUGUGUGGUCUCUCUUCGAGGAGGCGGUCCACCUAUCAGAAACACCAGCAGCUGUGUGCGUGGAAGAUUAUCUCAUCCCAAAUCUGUGCUAAACCCAUCAGGUGAGAGCUAUGAAAAUGGUGAUUUCGAAGGCUGGGAGUCUAUUGACACAAAAGAGCUGUGUGACAAUACAGGAAGCCCACGGAGGAUCUCCAGUGACUGGGAGCCAAACAGUGACUAUGAACCUCUGUAUCAGAUCUACCAGGCUAAGGUCUCGAAAGAAGCCAGUCAGAUCCAGACUGAUAGCCCAGAUUGCAACAGGAGAAGUGUUAGUGAAACUCUGGGUCUUGAGGGUCACGGAGGGCUGGGAGUGGUUGACCCCCGGUCCAAAAGAGGCCCCGAAGAGAUUACGCUAUGGCAAGACUUACCAGUGGUGAAGGAAAGCGGAAUGUUAUACAAACUCACUCGCACUGAAAUACAGAGACAAGAGAGCAUGUUUGAAGUGCUCACCUCUGAGGCCUCCUACCUGCGCUCCCUGCGGGUUCUGAAGGAUCACUUCCUGGGGUCACGGGAACUCAAUGAGACUCUGGUCAUUCAUGAUAGGAAGGCCCUCUUCUCCAACCUCCUGCAGGUCUAUGAGGUCAGCGAGAGGUUUAUAGGCGAUCUGCUGAAACGAGUCGAUGAGAGUGUGGUGAUAUCUGAUGUGUGUGACAUCAUUUAUGAGCACUCAAAGAACUAUUUCUCAGUCUUCAUUGAUUAUGUCAGAAAUCAGCAGUACCAAGAAAAGACCUACAGCAGACUGAUGGACAGUAACAGGGAUUUUUCAGUUGUGAUGAGGCGGCUGGAGUUAUCUCCACUCUGCAAACGUUUGCCCUUCACAUCCUUUAUGCUUCUGCCCUUCCAGCGAAUCACACGCAUCAAAAUCCUUAUACAGAAUAUCCAAAAGCGGACUGCAAAGGGCACUAAAGAGGAGGAAACCACUUCCAAGGCCCUGGCUUCAGUGUCUGAGCUAAUCGCCCAGGCAAACACACAGGUGGGGCAGAUGAAACAGAUGGAAGAGCUCAUACACAUCUCUAACAAGUUGGAGUUUGACAAACUCAAGGCCGUUCCAAUUGUUUCUAAAACACGCUGUCUAGAAAAACAGGGUGAAUUACAGGAGCUAAGCAAAAGAGGGUCUCUCUUCAGCAUCCGCAACAAAUGUACUCCCGUAUACAUGUUCCUCUUCAACGACCUUCUCAUUCUCACCACUAAAAAAAGUGGCUGUCCAGACCGCUUUGUGGUGAUCGAUCAUGCUCAUCGGUCUCUGGUUCAGGUGCAGGCUACAGAAAAUGGUCUUGGACCACACUUGGAUCACUGUUUCUGUCUGACCCUCCUGGAAAACCAUCGGGGUCACACCUGUGAACACCUGCUCAAGGCUAACACAGAGUCAGACAUGCAUAGGUGGAUGGCUGCAUUCCCAUCGAUUAAUGGAGCACUUUGGGAGGAGAAGAUUUAUGAGGACUGGGACUGUCCUCAAGUGCAGUGCAUCAGUCAAUAUGUAGCAAAACAGGCAGACGAGCUUAGCUUAGAGCCAUCUGAUGUCAUCAAUGUGCUGCGCAAAACCAGUGAAGGUUGGUAUGAAGGAAUGCGUCUCUAUGAUGGAAAGAAGGGCUGGUUUCCAGCAGAGAACGUGCUAGAAGUAACCACUGAUCAUCAGAGACGACGGAAUGUGAGAGAGCAGUACCAAAUCUCACAGACAACCAGUCAAAACACUCAAAGUUGACUCCAACUGACUUGUCCUAAAAGUACCAGUGGUAAUCGCUACCCAUCUUACUCAUCCUCUCUCCCCAAUAGUUUCCGGUCACUCUUUGAUGCUUUUUUUUUUAAAUAUGCAAAAAACUGACUGUUCAAGACUCCAUGAAACUGUCUGAGAAACAACUCCUUCCGGUGUGUGAUCUUUCCUAUUGAAACGGGAAGUUGGGGCCAAUUAGUAAACCCCUUUACCGAUGUCAUCUUUAGAAAAAUUAAGUAAAUCAAGAGGAUUUUACAAAUGUCAAAAUGGAAGCAUGGAUUGUUAAUCAAAAAGAAAGUUUUAUUGGACAGAUCUGUUGUUGUCAUGAGGUAACAGGACAAGCCCCUUUCAUUGUGCUGUCAGGCUCCACCUUCAGCUCCAUAGAAAGUGCAGGCAAGUUGUUAUUGCUACAUUUGUAAUAAAUUCAACACACAAAAACAAACAAUUAAAAAUAUUUUCAAUUAACUCCUUUUCCAUGUUUACCCCAAUGUUAAGAAAACAAUUGGGAUAAAAAUGGAUACAACAAUAGUCUUGGAGUUUACUCUGCAUUAUGCUGCGUCCAAGGCAAUAGGUCUCAAAGGUUUUUGAUUAUUAAUGCCAAUAUACACUCACCAGCAACUUUAUUAGGUACAUCUUGCUAGUACCGAGAUGGACCCCUUUUGCCUUCAGAACUGCAUUAAUUCAUCAUGGCAUAGAUUCAACAAUGUGCUGGAAACAUUCCUCAGUGAUUUUGGGAAGUAUCAAGUCGCGGGGAAGUCGCUAAAUCUAGCGACAAAAUUGCUUAAUUGGCAGCACUGAUCUUGACCAUGUCUACAUGCCUAAAUGCUUUGAGUUGCUGCCAUGUGGUGAGCUAAUUUGAUUUUUGCAUUAACAAGCAGUACAGGUAUACCUAAUAAAGUGGCCGGUGAGUGUAGAAAUGCCCUAUUCACAGGUCACCCAAUAUAACAUUUACGACUCAUUUGUGCAUUUUUUUUUUUUAAUAAGAGCAGAUUUACCUUAAUAUACAUGAUUAAAUAAUAAUAAACAUGAUUACCUUUAUGGGUGUCAUCCUCCAGCUGGCAUGGAGUGCAUUUUUUGAUCUGUAAGUAUAUUGAAUAAAGAAAUUAAUGCUUUAAGAAUGUAUAUGUAAAGUUACAUUAAUCUUAAUAGCCUGUUAGCUUUAGUGCAAUUGAGAAAUAUAAUAUUCAGAACCAGGGUUCCCAAAUUUUGUCAGCUGAACCUCUAUGAUGUAAUUUUUUGAAGUACUAGUUGAAAUGUAAACCUUAUUUUUGUAAGCCUUCAAUAAAUAAAAUGUUAAAUGAUAUAAA